AAGGGCAGGGUCUGUGGUAGGCAACCCUCCCAGCAGCUGAUACCAAAUGCUCUAUAUAUAGCCACCAGGGCCUGGACACUGCAUUAGAGCACACAGGCCCAACAAACGAGCCACAUACUUUUUACUCUCUGGUAGUCAUAGGAGUAAGAGAGUAGUUUCUGUUGUAGUACUGCGCAAGAAUUACAAUGAACAAGCCCAAAAUUAUCAGACCAGAGGAGAGUCAGCCAGCACGUGCACUGUGGUUUGACAGAAAGAAAUAUGUCACCAUCAACUUCAUGGUUCAGAAACCUAAAGACGUCCAGGUUGAUAUCCAGCCAGAUAAAAUGAUUUUAUGCUGCAAAAAUGACACAGAUGAUGUGAUCUACAACGAGCUGUACUUCUAUGACAAAGUUCAAAUACAUGACUCAAGAGAAAGAGUCUAUGAUCGCACCAUCAAUGUCUUGCUAAGGAAGAUGAAGCCUGAUUAUGCAUGGCCUCAUCUCCAGAAGGAUGAGGCUAAGCCCAGCUGGAUUUUUGUAGACUUUGAUAACUGGAGGGACUGGGAACAUGAAGAAGACGAGGGAAAGGAAGAGUACGAUAGAUACAUGGACAUGAUUCAAGAAAUGGCUGCCAAUAAUAAAGGACAAGCACCAGAUAUGGGUGAUCUUAGUGAUUUUGUUACCUCUGUAGUAUCCUGCUGCCCAGCAGAGCUCAAACAUGAAGUCAGUGGAAAGAAAGAAACUCUUAAAGGCUUUAAUGUAAAGCUCCAAGACACCAUCCUGUUUCCUGAAGGAGGUGGCCAGCCAGAUGAUCAUGGGCUCAUAGGAGAUGUACCAGUUUUGAGGGUGACAAGGCAGGGUCCUGAUGCCAUACACUUUGUGAGCGUACCCCUGGAGGUGGGUCAGGAGGUGCAAGUUAAGGUGGACUGGGAGAGGAGGUUUGACCACAUGCAGCAACAUUCAGGUCAGCAUUUGAUCACAGCAUUGGCAGAUAAUCUUUUUGGAUACAAGACCACAUCCUGGGAACUGGGGCGUCAGAGAAGCACAAUUGAACUGGACACUCCCUCUGUGAAGGCUGCCCAGCUCCAGGCCCUAGAGGAAGCUGUAAAUGAAAAGAUCAGAGUCCACGUCCCUGUCACUGUUCAGCUCCUCUCUAUAGAUGAUCCUGCUGUGGAAAAGGUGAGGAGUCGAGGGCUGCCAGACGACCAUGCAGGGCCCAUUCGGAUCAUCGAUAUCGAGGGCGUUGAUGCCAACAUGUGCUGUGGAACUCAUGUGUCUAACCUCAGUCACUUACAGGUAAUAAAGCUACUUGGAACAGAGAAAGGAAAGAAAAACAAAACCAACCUGAUCUUCCUGGCAGGAAACAGGGUAUUGAAGUACGCUGAGAAGAGCUACAGCACAGAGCGAUCACUUGUGUCUCUCCUGAAGACUGGACCUGAUGAGCACGUUGAAGCUGUUGACAAGUUGCAGAAGUCUGUGAAGCUUCUACAGAAGACUAACCUGAGCCUGCUUCGAGACAUGGCUGUCCUCAUCUCUCAGAACUUUAGGAACGACCCCCAGAGAGGAAACUUCUUCAGCUUGCACAAAAAAGAGGGUGACAAUGAGUUCAUGAACAUCAUUGCCAAUGAAAUAGGCACUGAGGAAACUUUGGUUUUCCUAACUGUUGGAGAGGAAAAGGGACCUGGUUUGUUUCUGCUGGCUGGACCCAGUGGACAAGUGGCUGAGAUGGGACCGCGGGUGUUAGAAAUGCUCCAGGGGAAGGGGGCAGGAAAAAACGGACGUUUCCAAGGCAAAGCCAACAGCCUGGCCAGAAGAGGGGAGGUGGAGGCUUUCCUGCAGCAGCACUUUAAACAUCACACCUCAGAGGAAGAAUAAAGCCAGAAAUUUGUUAUAUAUAUAAAUGAAUAUUUUUUAUGAACUAUACGUUUAGAAGCCAAAAGGGAUAGUUUACCUGACUGUUUUAGCUAUUCAUAUUUUAUGGGAAACACUAAAUAAUGUGUUAAAGUAAGGGUAACUUAAGUAGUUUUUGAUCUGGAACCUAUUUUCUCAUGUUUUUGUGUCUAAGUGACUAAUGGGAACAACAUUUUCAGAAUUUUGAGUCCAGGUUGAAAAAUACCAAAAUUAACCUUUAAUUACCAAGAAACUGAUUAUUUCUGUGACCAUGUACUGUACAUAACUGGAUCUUGUGAACAUAUGCUGUACAUAUCUGAAAGUUCAAUGUCAUGUACAGUUUUUAUUCAUUGAAAACCUCAUCCGUUAAACCUCACUGGCAUCAAAUUUUGAUUUAAGUCUUUUUUUUUCUCAGUAACAUGCCAUUUAGGCAACAACCAUAAAAAUGAAGAGAGUCCUGCUUU